CAUCGACGCCAUCGACUUCACCAUUCUUCCUGUCCACCUCGUUCACUCAGUCUCCCCUCCCACACCACGUUGCGUGUUUUGAAAGCUGCGCAACCAUGAGCUCAGCCUUCUUGAGGAGCCUGGCUCCCUCCACAAAGUUCUCUUCUCGCACCCUCAAAUCCAACACACGACAAUUUUCUUCUUCGAGACCGACCGCACGACUGGUCACUUCGUCGCCCUUAAGAGCCAAGCUUGCAGAAGGUCCUAUUGGAAAAUCAUACCCGGUCAUUGAUCACGAGUAUGAUGCUGUUGUGGUCGGUGCUGGUGGAGCUGGUCUCAGAGCAGCUUUCGGCCUAGCGGAAGCAGGAUUUAACACCGCAUGCAUAACCAAGUUAUUCCCUACACGAAGUCAUACCGUCGCGGCGCAAGGUGGCAUCAACGCUGCUCUGGGAAACAUGCACGAGGAUGACUGGAGAUGGCACAUGUACGAUACCGUCAAAGGCUCUGACUGGCUCGGCGACCAGGACGCGAUCCAUUACAUGACUCGAGAAGCGCCCCGAUCCGUCAUUGAACUCGAAGGCUACGGCUGCCCCUUUUCCCGAACUGAGGAUGGCCGGAUAUAUCAGAGAGCUUUCGGCGGUCAAUCGCAGAAGUAUGGCAAGGGUGGACAAGCCUACCGAUGCUGUGCUGCAGCAGACCGAACGGGCCACGCUCUUUUGCACACGCUCUAUGGCCGAUCGUUGAAUUACAAUACCAACUAUUUUAUCGAAUAUUUUGCCCUGGAUUUGAUCAUGGAGGAUGGCGAGUGCAAGGGCGUCUUGGCAUACAAUCAAGAAGAUGGCACCCUUCACCGUUUCCGAGCUAACAACACCGUCUUGGCCACUGGUGGAUAUGGGCGUGCGUACUUCAGCUGCACAUCUGCACACACUUGCACUGGUGAUGGUAUGGCCAUGGUCGCACGUGCUGGUCUGCCUAACCAGGAUCUGGAGUUUGUACAAUUCCAUCCCACCGGUAUCUAUGGCGCUGGAUGUCUCAUCACCGAGGGUUCCCGUGGUGAGGGUGGAUAUCUCCUCAACUCGGAGGGUGAGCGAUUCAUGGAACGAUAUGCACCCACCGCCAAGGAUCUUGCAUCGCGAGACGUCGUCUCGCGAUCCAUGACCAUGGAGAUUCGUGAGGGUCGUGGUGUCGGUCCAGAAAAGGAUCACAUCUACCUACAACUGAGCCAUCUGCCCGCUGAGAUCCUUCACGAGCGACUCCCUGGCAUCUCUGAGACAGCGUCCAUCUUCUCCGGCGUGGAUGUUACUAAGCAGCCAAUCCCCGUUCUACCAACGGUGCACUACAACAUGGGAGGUAUCCCCACCAAGUACACCGGAGAGGUGCUCCGCGUCGACGAUCAAGGAAAGGAUCAGGUCGUGCCCGGUCUGUUUGCUUGUGGUGAAGCCGCCUGUGUGUCUGUGCACGGAGCCAACAGAUUGGGAGCCAACUCGCUACUGGAUCUGAUUGUCUUUGGACGAGCCGUGUCACACACUAUCAGGGACAACUUCUCACCAGGUGCUCCUCUCAAGCCUCUUGCGUCUGACGCCGGCGCCGAUUCGAUCGAGGUUCUCGAUCGAGUACGCAAUUCCAGUGGACCCAAGAGCACCAACGACAUUCGAGCUGCUAUGCAAAAGACCAUGCAGACCGAUGUCAGUGUCUUCCGAAUGCAAGAGUCCCUCGAUGAAGGUGUGACCAAGAUCAACGAGGUCGACCAACAGUACGAUCAAAUUGGUAUCAAGGACCGUAGCAUGAUCUGGAACUCUGAUCUGGUUGAGGCCCUCGAGUUGAGGAAUUUGUUGACCUGCGCAACUCAAACAGCAGCUUCGGCAGCCAACCGCAAGGAAUCACGGGGCGCACAUGCCCGUGAGGACUAUCCCGAUCGUGACGAUGAGAACUGGAUGAAGCAUACCCUGUCGUGGCAAAAGACUCCUCACGGCAAGGUCGAGCUGGGUUACCGAGCCGUGACUGGUACAACGUUGGAUGAGAACGAGUGCAAGGCGGUGCCUCCAUUCAAGAGAACAUAUUAGUCUCAGAUGGUCGUCAGCUGGCUUGUGCUGAGCACAGGAGUCUUGAGAGACCCAUGGUCAGCAGAGGGUUGCGCAAGACAAUGAAUUUAGCUAUCGCAUAUUGUCAGUGUAAAAAAUAUUAUUCUACAUCAGCACCCAUGAGGUCUCGAUCGAGCCUGAACGGCGACACGUUGCUAUUCUCCUAUGACAUAUUCGCAGCCUGUGUCACGUUCGGGUCAGGCUGUACGGGAAAC